AUGGACGACACCUCGGUUGGCACCAGAUCUCGUCGUCGAGUAGCUCCAAAGCAAAAAUUCUCGCCAACCCAUGAAUCCACACCUCCAAGUAAGUCCUGAGCUCGUGACGGUUGUAUUAUUGAGCAAUUUAGGUGCCCGGAAGUUGUCCAAUGGCCGAAUGAAGAAUGGGCCGGCGAAAAAAGCCGCAACUUCGGGUUCUGCGACUAAAAGAAACGCGGGGAAGAAUGGAAAAGGUAAGUAGAAGGAGAGUAUAAAUUUUUUAUGUAUGAAAUAGCGUUGUAACGUUCGGAUAAGACGUAGGCUUUCUCAGUCUGUCUUCUUCGUCUUGUAUCUUCAAUAUUUAGGGUUAUGUUUGCUAUUUUUUUAAUAAAAUUACCUUACUUUAGUCUUCCCGGAUGUUCAAAUCAAAGAAGAGCAGAAAACGCCUUCUCCAGUUCCCCCAGAAGACGGCGAUCCUCGAACUAGCGACACUAUUUCACUAUCAACAUCUCAGUCUUCUUCUAAUACUCUGCGUGAAAUUAAACCAGAACUGGAGGAAGAAAUAACCUUCAACAACUCUGGUCGAGUCAAGGAGAUAAAGCCUGAGCCCAUGGAAGACUACGAAGUCCCAUCUCCACCAUUGCCCGAUUCAGAACAAGAUAAGACUGUUGAUGAGACUGCAGAAGACGAAGAGGAGGAAGACGGUGAGUCCUAUGUUGUGUUUUCUACGAUUUUAGGAGUUGGACCUUAUGCUCAAGAUUUUAUCGGAAAUGAAAGCCGAAAACUUGUUGUUACACUCUUUCUUAGACAGUUUAGGUGUUUAGCGUUCUACGUAUCCUUUCACAGUUUUAAAUUUUAUAUAUAGGCUAUUUUCGCUAGAGAAAUUCGAAAUUGUUUUUGAGGUUGCAAGGAUAAUAUAAAAUAAUAUUUUUAGAGGAACCGACUUGUUCCACAUCACAAGAGCCUGUAUGCGAAGAAUGUUCAGGGCCUCUAGAUGCCAAACCAACGGUUCUUACAGAUUCGAAUGUAACCAUUGAGGACGAAUGUAUCAACCUUUCUGCGAUUUUGGUUGGAAAACUGUUACCGUCAGAAGUCAAAUGGAUGAAAGAUGUAAGUCGGAUAAGAAUUGAUGAUUCUUUUGGUCUUUAGAGAGUGUAACAACAAGUUUGAGGCUGAUUAAUUUUUCCGACUUUUUCUGUGAGGUGAAAAAAACAAGAUUUUUUUGGCCGGAAGGAAGUCUUUUUCGGUUUAUUUUUGCUGAAAUUAUUUUCUCUUGAGAUUUUUUUUGAGAUUCCACGGAACAAAGGGUGCCAUCAUGCCUUACUUUUACGGAAAUUUUAAACUUUUUGUUUUUUUGUUGCAAUUUUUAUAUUAUACUAGACGAUUUCAGGACAAAUGCUUAGAGCAGAACGCCGUAAUCUCAAUAUUAACCCAAAAGCUGGACGAACACGAAGAUCAGAAUGUAAUUCUAACAUCACUUACCCUACCUGUGCUCGAGGCGCGCACAUUAACCUUGACAGCGCCGGAUUUCGAAAAGGAAUUCAAAUUCGCAGUGGAUAAUAGGAAAGAUACCUUGAUUUGGAUCGAGAAACCAAGUAUCGACAUAUCGGAUAAUAAUGAACUAAUCCUCAGAGGUGUUGUUCAAGCCUCGAAGACCCCGAAGAUUGUGUGGACAAAGGAUGGACGGCCCAUAAAACCCGGAAGAAUUGUCGAAACCAAUCGAAAAAUGAAGGAUGGACAAUAUAAAUGCGAAAUAAAGUUGAUCAAAGUCAAGAGAGACAAAGAUGAAGGCUCAUAUCAAGUGGAAGUCAGAGCCGACGACAAGGUUUUGACCGGAAAAAUUAACCUAGCAUUCCGUAAGUUGGGCUUUGAGAUUUUUUUCUUUGAUUUUUAGGUGAUUAUUGGAUCAUUUAUCGGCGAUUUUUUUAGAAAAAGACGAGAAACCCUGGCUCGUCCGUAAACCUCGAAUCGACGAAGCCACCAAUAAAGCCGGAGUAGACUUUAUUGUUUUCACCGUUGUGUUUGGCUCGAUCGUAGAGCCGACUGUUAAAUGGUUCCGAGAACGGAAGAAUAAAGAGUCGAAACAAUUGAGCGGAAAAGGACGAAAGAAGUUCAAUGUAAAGCCAACUGACCGCCCAAAUGUUUACGAAGCCACGCUGAGAAUUAGAGUGAGUCCUGGGACAAUUUUCUGACAAAAAUGCAACAUGUUUGGUGGUUAAAGUCCUAGUACAAUGUAAAAAUGAUUUUUUUUUUCAGCAAUAUCGCCCAAUCGACUCCGGCUCGUAUUGUUGUCAGAUCACCACCUCGGGAGGGCAAUGUGAAGCCAGAGUGCUGGCCAAGAUAAUACCCAAAAAGAAGAAGGUGGACUUGGCGAAGAGAGCAUUGAAAGAGAAAAAAAUGAAGAAAAAAGCUCUUGAGGCACAAAGAAAUGGAAAAAUUGGUAAGGAACUUGAAUUUAGGCGUUGGUAUUUGAGUUCGAAUGUAUAUUAUGAAUUUUUUGCUUUGCAAUUGAUCACCACCAAAUUUUCAGAGCCCGAAAAGAACGCGAAGAAACGCAAACACCAAGACGCUGUUAUAAAGGAAGCCAAAAAGAAAAAGAUCUCCUGA